AUGGGUUACUACGACGACGACGGUCACUACAACUCUUUCCGCGCCGGUGCUCACAAGCUCGGUGAUCGCAUUGCCCAUGGAGGUCGUCGCGAUAUUGAGAUUGACAUCCACGAGGGUCCUCGUCCCUCUGCUGACUGCCUUCCCAACACCGUCAGCAUCCCCUGCCACCAUAUCCGUCUGGGUGACUUCCUGAUGCUCCAGGGCCGCCCCUGCCAGGUCAUCCGCAUCUCUACCUCCUCUGCCACCGGUCAGUACCGCUACCUUGGUGUCGAUCUCUUCACCAAGCAGCUCCACGAGGAGUCCUCUUUCAUCUCCAACCCUGCCCCCAGCGUUGUCGUUCAGUCCAUGCUCGGCCCUGUCUUCAAGCAGUACCGUGUCCUCGACAUGCAGGAGGGUCAGAUCGUUGCCAUGACUGAGACAGGUGACGUCAAGCAGGGUCUCCCCGUCAUUGACCAGUCCAACCUCUACUCCCGCCUCAGCAGCGCUUUCGAGUCCGGCCGUGGCUCCGUCCGUGUCCUCGUCCUCAACGACGGUGCUCGUGAGCUCGCCGUUGACAUGAAGGUCAUCCACGGCUCUCGCCUGUAA